AGUUAGCCCACGGACUCCACGAUGGACACGGAGGCCCUGAAGCAGCAGUUCCAGGAGCUCUACGCUGAAGCCGUAGCCCAUGGCCUUGACCCGAACGACGCUGUAGCCCAAGCCCUCACGCGCAUGCAUGAGAAAUCGUCGGUGCAGGAGCCCGCGACGGUGCACGACCACGACAUGACGGACAGCGGGAACCAAGUGCAGCCGCCGCCCGCGCCAAUGGCACCCGCGCCAGCUUCAGUGCUAACACUCGAGAUGCUCCAGAGUGGGUCGCUCUCCAUGUCGGCGCUGCAAAAGGUCGUGUACGAAGUCUUCUCGCAGUCCGAGACGCUCAACACCGCCUGCUUCCCACACCACUCGCGGGCCGAGAUCCAGGAAGGUCUUGCCUGGCUCGUCGGGCAGCCGUCGCUCGCCAACACGCUGGGCAACGCGCUGAACGCCUGGGUGACGCAGCCCUGGACCAACAGCAAAAAAUGGACGUCCGUCGAGAGCUUGCACCAGUUCUUCGUCAUGCUCGAGCACCCGCUGCUCUUCGACCCGGACUACCGGUCGAUCGUAGGCGGCAUGGUCAAGCUCAUGUACUACUUGAAUGACGAUAUGAAGGCCGCGAUGGCGGCGCACUGGCGCAGCCUCGGCGCGGACGACCUGCACCGGCUCCUCGACGUCUUCCAGCAGUACAUCACGCUCUCGCUGGUCGGCGCCGAGCUCAAGAUGGACACGAUCUUUGCGGCUUGCGACAUGAUCCGGCUCCUCGUCGAGAUCAACGCUGCGUCGCCUUUUGCAAGCUACGAUGCCUUUUACAACGACGCCGCCAACACGGAGCUCAACUUGCUCCAGGACUAUGUCAAGUCGGCCAUCUACCUCACGCACAAGCACGGACGCAUCUCGAGCCGCGAGCUGAGCGACUUGAGUUUCUGCGACUUUGCCUUCAUUCUGGACGCUGCGUCCAAGAGCAAGAUCCUGCAGUUUGACGCCGAGUACCAGCAGAACGUCCGCGUCCACGACAGCAUUCGGUCGUCGCUGGCCGAGGCCGACCAGCACGUGCACCCGUACCUUGUGCUCCGUGUGCGCCGCGAGCGCGUGAUCGAAGACGCGCUGCAGCAGCUCGUCCAAGUCGCGACCUCGGAGCAGCUCAAGAAGCCCCUCAAAGUCAAGUUUAUCGGCGAAGAAGGCGUCGACGAAGGCGGCGUCCAGAAAGAGUUCUUUCAGAUUAUCACACGGCAGCUCUUGGACCCGAACUUUGGCAUGUUCACCGCCGACGACGAGACGCGGACGCUCUGGUUCAACUGCGACUCGUACGAGAGCACGACCGAGUUCGAGCUCAUUGGUGUGCUUCUCGGUCUCGCCAUCUAUAACGGCGUCAUCCUCGAGCUCCACUUUCCAUCGCUUGUCUACAAGAAGCUCAUGGGGCUUCCCGUGACGCUGGCCGACCUCGAAGCGUCGCAGCCGGCGCUCGGCAAGGGCUUGCGACAGCUCCUCGCAUUUGAGGGUGAUGUCGAGAGUGUCUUCCAGCGGUCGUUUGAGCUUUCGUACGAAGUGUUUGGCCAAGUCAAGACGAUCGAGCUCGUUCCUGGCGGCAAAGACAUGGCCGUGACCACCGCCAACCGCCACGAGUACGUCGCCAAGUACGUCGAGUACGUGACGACGACCUCGGUCGCGCAGCAGUACGGGGCGUUCCAUCGCGGCUUCCACUUUGUCUGCGGCGGCCAUGCGCUCGAGCUUUUUCGACCGGAGGAGCUCGAGCUCCUCAUUUGCGGCAGCCCGGAAUUGGACUUUGAAGCGCUCGAGGAAGUCGCCCACUACGACGAUGGCUUCUCGGCCGAGAGUCAAUGCAUUCAGUACUUUUGGAGCGUCGUGCACGCGUUCAGCCUCGACGAGAAGAAGGCGCUGCUUAAAUUUUGCACCGGCAGUGACCGCGCGCCGAUCCGCGGCCUCUCCAACAUGGUGUUUGUCAUCUCGCGGAAUGGCCCCGACUCGGACAGACUGCCCACCGCGCACACUUGCUUCAACCACCUCUUGCUGCCCGAGUACGCGACGCGCGAGAAAAUGAAGGACCGCUUGGAGCUUGCGAUCACGCAAUCCGAAGGCUUUGGGCUGCUUUAAUGAAAAAAGUAGAUGAUUGUACACGAG